UCGCGGAACACUUGAAAAGACAACAAGAAAUGWSGCUUUGUUUUUGAAAAACGACUUUGAAAAUCAACUUUUUAACCUUAAAUUUUCUACAGAAUCUUCUCGAUAUGAGCAAGAAAGAUACCCGRGAUCCUUAUGCAUCCAUUUGUAUAAGCAGAUUGACGAGACUUCUCGAUCUUGACAUACUAGAAGACUUACAAGAGCUCGAAGAUGCUGGCAAUGUAAUGAAGAAUUUAGAGUUCGAAGAUCAUGCCAAGCCAAACCGUAGUUUCCUUGCGAAAUCCACGGAAAAAAUUAACAAGAUUAUAAGUCGAAAACAUAACCACAAGAUAUUUGGCCAUCCUCUUAAUGAUGAUGCAGUACACAGAAUUCUCCCCUUAAUAGAUCAUCUUCAAUCUUGUGUUGAUCUAGAAGGUAUAUUCCGUGUUCCUGGCAGCAAAAAGAGACAAGAAGAACUAAAGGAACUGAUAGACAAAGACAGUCAUGUCAAGCUUAACARUGGCAAGUUUACUCCACAUGAUGUCGCUUGUGUGUUGAAGCAGUUYCUUGGUGAAUUACCAGAACCUUUGCUGACUCAUGCACCACAUGAAGCUUAUAUUCAAGUUACAGAGGAAGGUUGUGCGGGGCUUAUCCACAAAGCUAGAGAAACACUGUCUUGUAGCAAUAUGGCCAGCAAGACCAUGAUUCAUUGGGUGAAGAUGUCAUGUUUAAGUCAGUUUCCUGAAGACCUGGAUGCRAUGAACCAAGCUGUAGCAUUCAUGGUUACACAUGGAAGACAAUUGUUUGAGAUUCCAGAUGUACUUAAGAAGGAGCUGAAAGCAACCAARAGUAAUGCAAGUGGAAUGGAUGAAGAAGACGCACCAAGUAUGACGCACACAUUUUGUCAACCAAUGAACUACAAAAGACACAGGCAGGUCGUACAAGACAACACAUCAGAAGCACUAGUAAACCUGUAUAACCACGUUAUGGACAUGCCUGACGGACCUGUUAAACAGAAAUUCCUUGAAAAGUUUGAGAAGUCAAACCCUGGUACUCCGCCAUUUAUGCCCAAGUCAAGAUGCAGGGCCAGCAAGUUACACUCAUCUACACCGCUAUCAACAUAUUCACCAGCAUCRUUAGCAAGAUAUCCUCUYUCUCCWAUCAACAUGGACGUAACAGCUACAACGUGUAAGAAAGUGGCCUUCAAAUCACCACAACCACCUUCAUCUACUGCCACAAAAAUGGCUUUCCAUAGGUUUUCACCUUAYAAAAAYACGAUGAARACACCAUCAGGUCUCAUUUCACCUCACAAGACACCAAAAACACACGGUUCAAAGUCUCGACAUAGACGUACUAGUACYACUGGAAGUWUGGGUAUAUCACCAUUCCGCCGCAAGAGAACCAAGACCAACAACACYCCACUACAGACCCCCUCGGGAUGUAUUGGUACACCAGGAGGUUUUGAUACACCAAGUGAAACGAUUGUUACCUUAUAUGGCACGCCUACUAUAAGAAAACGCAUCACUAGUCGGGACUAUAUGGGAGAUGAUGUCUAAAAACAAYUGUUGAAAAGAUAAACUUAAAAGAAAAGAUUGUAAAUAUAUGCAGGAACACUGUGGACACUAUGUCGUAGUUAGCCUCGWACGCAGACGAUUUUCAGGUUUCACUGGAGCUUCUCGAUUGUUAUGAAACAACUAGAGCAUCCCACCAAAAAACGUGAAAUAAACUUAGUAGAUUAAGGUUAGCAUUAAACUUCAAAAAACUGCUUCUUUGAAAC